UAAAUGAUGUUUACAGUAAUGAUUACCCACGGAGAAAAGAGAAAAUAAAGAGUUAUACAGUACUCACAAACUGAGCAACCAAGAAUUUCUUUUGUACAUUUAAUGGUUCCAUUCACAAAAUAGGAGAAAUUGGUUUCAUUUGAUUCUUACCGAAAGAAACGUAUAAUCCAAUCGGGUCUUCUGGGCUGGGAAUUCCUAAAUGUUCAGUGACUUCCGUCUAGAUACUGUUGAUGCCCCUGACAGUAUGAUUUCUCGUUCUCGAUGAUCUCUGUAUGAUAAUGAAAGUUUUAUAUUUUAGUAGUAAUUAUUUCUGAUAAUUAAUGUUUGGUUAAUUUAUCUCAGUAUCGAGUGAUGAUAAUCAACUGCGGAAGAUCCCACUGAAGGGAACGUGAGUUUUGUUAAUUGGCUUUAUUUAAAUUGAGAUAUUAACGACAGUUUUCAAAAGCUGAUGUUUAUUUGUGUCGGCAGAAGACGGAAACGUCUAAUAUGUCAGAAUCUGAUGAAAUGGUGAAAUAUGAGAUGGAAAUUGACGGAAACGAGAGCGAACUCCCUUCCUCGUCGUCGAACGAAAUUCCAAAUUGGAUUCCACAGCUGUGCUCGAUUCCGCAACUGAGUUUGAUCCUUCCGGCGUUGACGCCUUUGAACAGAUGCAAAUGUUACAUAAUCUUUCGGAUGAGCUUGAGUUUGAUGGCGGCGCCCAGUGGAGUCCUUCCGAAGAGCAAAUAAGAAUCCUGGAAAUGCUUUACAACGGUGGAAUUGGUGGAGUCCGUUCCCCCACCGUGCAAGAAAUCGAACAAAUAACCAGUCAGCUCAUUAACUUUGGGAAGGUCGAAGUUACAGAUGUAUACCUAUGGUUUCAAGCGCGUAAGGACCCAGAAAGACAGAAGAAGACGUUAAGGUUCCUCAGCCCGACUGGUACAGAAGGAUCAGAGAUUACAGAACCUCCCGCAUCACCAGAAAUAAGUAAGCUGGGAGGUAAAGGAAAAGCAUUAUCAGUUGAAGAAAGAAGUGGGUUAGAGAAAGUGGUUGAUAUGUCAUCCAAAAUGUUUGGUCUUGCAAGUCGAGAGAAAGAAGGAAGUGAUAACUCCAGCAGGUAUGAUAGCACUGGAAAAUUGUUGCAAAUCGACUCCGAAAAACAAAGGGAGCUAAUUCCUACAGUCGAGGAAAACAUUGAUGUCAGGGCCAAUAUCAUUUUCCUCGACAGAGAUUUUCUUGAAGAGGCUGAUCCUCAGAUUCCGAGCCAGCAAGAUCCUAGUUUACCGACCGUGUCUUCUUCUACAAGUUCGAAUAGAGAGGAAGAGUCUCGACCUGAAGGUCAGAACAAUAAAACUGCCGAUCCUAAGAAGCGUAGAUGGUUUCACUUGUUCCCAUGGUGGCAGAAAAAAUGAUUUCUGAAAACGAAAUCUCAGCUAAAAGAGGGCCCUAAAAAGAUUUUUUGAAGGCAAUGAGGAUUGUAACUGCAACUGUACAGAUAUUCUAGUAACCAAAAUCAUUUUCACUCUUGAAUAUGACUAUCAGUAAUAUUUAUGACUCAAUUAAAAGGGCAUUAUUAUUCAGUUCAUCUCGCGAUGAGUUGAAUGAUAA